AGAAAAUGCAUCUUGUUUGAACAUCUCGGAUAAGAGAUUCUCCUUCAACAAUGAAGAGCACGUCACUACCAACAAUCUAACCAAAAAACCCUUCAAAACCCUCUUCGGAAACCCUAAAACCCUCAGCGACUAUGGUUGACCACUACAACAAGUAUUUUCCAAUUUCACUGGGAGUUGUUUGUGUGUUUGAAUUUUGUGCUCAGACUUGUUAAAUUAAUGGCGAGGGCUUUCUACGAUGACCUAACUAGCAAAGGUGAUAAUCAGCCCAAGACCGGAAGAACCGAUAACAGAGGAAUCGCUGUGGUGGUGCUCGAUGCCCUCACCAGACGACAAUGGGUUAGAGAAGAAGACUUGGCAAAGGACCUCAAACUGCAUACAAAACAACUUCGGCGGAUCUUGCGGUUUUUUGAAGAAGAAAAGAUCAUUACCCGAGAUCAUAGGAGAGAGACAGCAAAGGGUGCAAAAAUGUAUAGUGCUGCUGUAGCUGCUACAGCUGAUGGUCAUCCGACAGCCAGAGAGGGAGAAGAAAAGGUCAAGCUGCACACACACUCUUAUUGUUGUCUGGAUUAUGCACAGAUAUAUGAUGUGGUUAGGUACAGACUUCAUCGGAUGAAGCAUAAGCUGAAAGAUGAAUUGGAGGAUAAAAACACAGUUCAGGAAUAUGUAUGUCCAACCUGUGGGAAAAGAUAUAAUGCUUUGGAUGCACUGCGGUUAAUAUCUUUUGAAGAUGAGGACUUCCAUUGUGAAAGUUGUAAUGGAAGGCUUGAGGUUGAAAGUGAUAAGAUAGCUUCUCAAGAAGCAGGAGAUGGAGAUGAUAACGUAAGGAGACGACGACGGGAAAAGUUAAAGGACAUGCUUCAGAAGAUGGAGGUACAACUUAAACCAUUAAUGGACCAACUCAGUCGGGUAAAAGACUUGCCUGUUCCAGAAUUUGGCAGCCUUCAAGCAUGGGAAGCACGAGCUAGUGCUGCAGGGCGUGCUGCCAAUGGAGAUAUCAAUGCUGCUGAUUCUAAAAUGUCUCAGAUGGGAUAUAAUGGAGCAUCAAUCCCUUACAGUGGAGAUACUAAGGUUGUAGUUGACUUCAAUGGAACUGAAGGCAAAGGAGAGGGUAUUAAGUCCGAAACUGAAAGUACAUCUCUAAAGGUUUUGCCACCAUGGAUGAUCAGAUCAGGGAUGGUUCUUACAAAGGAACAGCGCGGAGAAGUGAAGCAAGAAACAAAGAUGGAUGGGACUUCAACUUCCAUAACGGCACAGCACACAGAUGACAAAAAGUCAACAACUGAACAAGAUGACAAUAAGAGUUUACAGGAUGAGUAUAUUAAGGCUUAUUAUGCUGCCUUACUUCAGCAACAACAAGAAUUGCAAAAGAAACAAGAAUUGUUAAAUACAACUGAAUUAGUUGAUCCUUCUAGCAGUGCUUCUGGCCGUCAGGUUGGUGUCAAAUCAAAACGUGACGAUGCCGAGGAUGAUGGUACUGAGUGGGAGGAGACUCCAAUUGGAGGCAACGGAAACGGAGGUUUCAAGGUUGCAGAUUUGAAUUUGAAUGUUCAAGCUGAGGAAGAACCUCCAGCAGAUGAGGAAGACGAAGAUGACAUCGACUGGGAAGAAGGUUAAUGAAUUUUUGUUUCUUUGAAAUAAUAAAAACAAAAAGAAAACUAGUCAGGAUGAUGUAGUAAUGGCUAACCUAUUUGUGAUAUGCAAGAACAAGGUCUCGUAUUAUAGUCAUGCUGCUUGCAAAUUAUGUUGUACCAUAAGACUAUAGAUAGCUGUUCAUAUUAUAUUAUUAUGGGUUUGUGCA